UAUUAUUUAUAAAUAUAAUGUUUUGAUUUUGUUACAAAAUAAUUUACAAAAUUCAGAAAAAAAAUAUAUAUUUAAAUGAGGCAGGAAUGUUAACCCAAAAUAGAAUAGCGCCAACGACCACUGGAGGAAUAAUAACCGAUCCCAACCAAUUAAACUAACAUCCACCGUAUUGUACACUUUCGACCGCACACGUGUCAAGAUCCCAUAUACCCUACGUUCUGUACCGUUCAAUUUAUAUAUACUCCCUCUAACAUCUCCCGCCUUUGUCUCUUUACCUCAUUUGCUGUCCACAAUCCUCCAUUCCUCUCAACCACCAUUUUUAUUCCCUUUCUUUUGUUUAGUUCUCUGCCUAAUUUCACAUUUUGACUAUUUUUUUGGGUAGAUUUUGUAUUUUGUUUUCAAUUUGUAUGGGAUUUGAAUGAGAGGAGGAGACACAAUGUUUGUGGACAGCAAUAGCCAAUCGAGAUCCAAAUUCGGUAAAAACGCAGUGCAUUCGGAUCCAAAUCUUGCAAUGAACGACAACGAUGACGAUCAGAUUUCGACCCGUAAUAGCAGUGCUUCUGCUGUUGGGUCCGGGUUCUAUGACUCGAGCCGCAUGAGCUGCGAAGGGUCACCCAUGAUGAUGUCCCCUUGGAACCAAACCUCCUCACCAUUCAAAUCACAAUGGUCUGAAUUACCCGAAAAUAUCCCACAAAACGCACUCAUCGGGUCGCUCGUUCGCGAAGAAGGUCAUAUUUAUUCCUUGGCCGCAGCAAAGGACCUUCUUUACACCGGAUCCGAUAGCAAGAACAUCCGGGUCUGGAAAAAUUUGAAGGAAUUCUCUGGUUUCAAAUCCAGCAGUGGUUUGGUUAAAGCUAUAGUAAUCUCCGGCGAAAAAAUCUUCACCGGUCACCAAGACGGUAAGAUCCGAGUAUGGAAGAUAUCGCCAAAAAACCCAGCCGUACACAAACGGGCCGGGUCACUACCCACUUUGAAGGACAUAUUCAAAAGCUCAAUCAAGCCCAGCAAUUAUGUUGAAGUUAGACGACACCGUACUGCUCUGUGGAUCAAGCACUCCGACGCCGUUUCCUGCUUGAGUUUGAGUGAGGACAAAACGCUGUUGUACUCUGCUUCCUGGGACAGAACCGUUAAAGUGUGGAGAAUCUCCGAUUCCAAAUGCCUUGAAUCAAUUAACGCUCAUGACGACGCCGUUAAUUCGGUCGUUGCGAGCUUUGAAGGACAGGUAUUCACCGGCUCCGCUGACGGGACUGUCAAAGUGUGGAGAAAAGAGCAGCAUGGGAAAGUCACAAAGCACCCGCACAUGCAGACUCUGUUGAAACAUGAAUGUGCGGUCACAGCUUUGGCCGUCAACACCUCCGGUUCGAUCGUGUACUGUGGAUCGUCCGAUGGGCUUGUCAAUUUUUGGGAGCGGGAGAAGCAAUUAUCACACGGUGGGGUUCUCAAGGGGCACACGCUGGCUGUUCUUUGUCUUGCAGCUGCAGGGAGUAUGGUGUUCAGCGGAUCAGCGGAUAAGACGAUAUGUGUGUGGAGGAGGGAUGGAACCAUCCACACGUGUCUCUCUGUGCUGACGGGGCACACGGGCCCAGUCAAGUGCUUGGCAGUGGAGGAGGAUAGUGAGGCAUCCAGUAAAGGUGAUAGACGGUGGGUUGUGUACAGUGGCAGCCUUGAUAAGUCGGUGAAGGUUUGGAGCGUGUCGGAGAUGGCGCCUGAUCGUAAUCAGGUGGCUAUCAUGCAACAACAGAUGGGGUCGGAUUUGGACUCAGAGCCGUCCGAUGGAAGCUUCUCCUCUGCAGCCAGGGACAGACGGCUCUGAUCACAAGGACCUGUGAUCAAACCAGAUUGUCUAAUGAGAACACGUGUCUUAUGUACAGUGGAAACGCUAGAACUAAUAAAUAUUGACACAUGGACAAAUAUGUAGGCUUUUGAUGUAUUUGGGGGAUUGAGGGGGUUGGGGUGAACCCUAAACUUCUCGUACUUUGAUUGGUAUAUCUCAAUAUCGAAUUCUGCAUAUAAGAAUGUCGCAUGGGAGUGGAUUAAUAUAAAUGCACUAGACAAUUAUGUUGCUUUAUCGUAAUUCAAUAUGAGAAACCAUAUUAUGACACUAAUAAUGUGAUUAUUAUCUGUGCUUACUCUAUCCCUCAAGUGUAAAAUACUUUUUUUGAAAAACCGAGAAUGACAAUCUACUAGCUCGCGUUUGGGGCAUUCGAUAAGAGUCUAAACUCGGACCGACAGUCUCGGACAUACAAAAAUUUUCCACUUGCUAACAUGAUAAGUUGAGUUAAAACUUGAUGCAUGACCACAAGAGUAUUGAUCCCAAUGAGAAUUGAACUUAGAAAUCUCCCAAAUUCAUACAUUUUGGCCCUAGAGAAAUUCAUUAAGUUAUAACUCAAGUGAUUCUUAAGAGUGUGUUUAGAUUGAGGGAUUUGGAGGAAAGGGAAAGGAAGAGAAAUAGAGUUUCCUUUCAAUUCC